AUGGCGGCGGUUAUGGCAAUGGUGGAGGAUAUGGUGGCGGACAUGGCGGUAGGUACGGUAAUGGAGGCGGUAUUGGUGCCAACGUUGGUGAGGCCAAUGAGCCGUAAACUUAGUAGAAUGCAUGAUGAAUAUGUACUUUCAUCUAUCAAGUUCAUGGUAGCUCUUUUGCAUUAA